ACGCGGGCCGUUAGAGGAGGGAGGGUGCGGAUCAACUCUUCACGUGGCGGUUGUGCCGCCGGAGGAUUUGCACAUGUGGACGCUAGAAGUACACGCAGGUUUACGGUACAAGGAACGCUCCAUGUUUCCAUCUCCCGUGGAGGUUUACCAUACCUCGGCCAGGUUUCUCGGUUUCUCGGUUUCUCGUCACUGCCUGCCACGAAACCGGGCCGUCUCCAUGUCCCGCCUCCAUGUCCCGCAUCAAUGAGAUGGCCGCAGCCCGCAGACGACGAAACAACAGGCCAUCUCCGCAUCACCAGCCCCAACCCCAGCCUCGAUCCCCGCGGUCACAUGUUGCCCGUUCACCGACGGCCUCGCUGCAAAAACUGCCGGAUGUUCAAGCCCAUGACCGUCUGAAUCUCCCGUUCGCGGGCCUUUCACCCGAACAUUCGCCCCGACGACCUGUCCUUUGGGGGUGUUUACGCAGGACGGCGCUAUUUUUCCGUCUGCUGAUGAGUGCGGUACACACCCCCAUAUUCCCUCCCCCAAAGAGGCCCCGGGUCAGCAGGGGGGCAUCAGAACCGCGGACUUGGGACUGGAAUCGAAUGAGGUUUCCGGGGUGGUCGAUGUUACCCCAUACCCCGGGCUCUGGACGCGGGGAAGUUGUCAAACGAUGCCGUGUGGGUGGUGGCAGGGAAUAGAACUAGCCUGAUAGCAGAGAUGAGAGACCUCGGGUGGAAAACUUG